UUCCGGGUCGAUGUAUAUUCAACAUGGUGGCGAGCAUGGCACUAUUGCACUAUAAAGGUUGAACAUUUAGUCCUCGUUUUUCUGUCUGAAUAUUACAAUUUCGGGAACGUGCGUGCAGAAUAAACAGGAUGGCGUUUUUAGGGACCUUAAGACCAAUGCUGUCCUCUGUUCUGCAGGCAGCAUCCCGUUCUGUAUACUCGUGGCCUGGACCUGUGUUCACCAGGACAAUGGCCACACUUAACCAGAUGCAUCGUAAGGGAAAACCUUCCCCACCUCCUAAAAAGGUCAGUGCCACCUUUGGACGGCCACAGCUGAAAGCUGUAGUCCUGAAGACUAUGAUCAGGAAGCCAAAGAAACCAAACUCUGCAAACCGCAAGUGUGCGAGAGUACGUCUCUCCAAUGGUAAAGAAGCUGUCGUGUUCAUCCCAGGAGAAGGUCACAACCUCCAGGAGCAUAAUGUGGUGUUGGUACAAGGAGGACGGACACAGGACUUACCUGGGGUCAAACUUACUGUAGUCAGAGGGAAAUAUGACUGUGCACAUGUAGUCAAGAAGAAACAGUAAUCAACUAUAGAUUUAAGUAGUCUGUUAAAAAGACAUGUUAACUUCAUUUUCUUUUUUAAAACAACAGUGUACAUUUGAUUUUCAUAGUUUAUACAGUUGCAUAUGUGAUACAUAAAGCGUAAUGUGACUUUAACAACGUGAUGAGUUGUCAGUCCUGAUGGUCAAGGAUUCAUACAUAUAUUUGAUCUUAACAGUCCUAUAUUGUUGUUUUGGCAAACUUGGCAAAGUCAUCUUUUGGUUAUGAUUUUUUGAAACUUUUUCUGUUAAAGUGUGUCUUGUUUUGAUAAAAAUCAUUGUUGAAAGUGAA